UUAUCCUCUUCCAGCGGAGCAGCAUACCGCCCUCGCCCCAUCAUCUAGAUGGAUUUCCCAACUGGGGAGAAGGAUUUCUUUUGAUCUAUAAUCUCAGUGUUGAAUUACCAUAGCUGAAGGAAUUUUGAAGUGAUUGUGAUCAUCCAUGGACUCGUGUUCACUGAUAUCUGUGGCUGACUUGCCUGCCCCCUUUCGAUCUGCCUUUUGUUUCAGGUACUUUAAUUCCCUGCAAAGUGAGUGCUUUCCUGUUUGCUUCCUCUCCGAUGUAAACAUGGUUGUCUCUGCACCUACCGGAAGUGGUAAAACAGUGCUCUUUGAGCUCUGCAUUCUUAGGCUUCUCUCAAGGUUUCUUUCUUAUGAGGGGAAGUUCAAUCAUCAAAAGGGAACCCUCAAAACUAUAUACAUAGCUCCUUCCAAGGCAUUAGUACAGGAAAAGCUUCGUGACUGGAAUAUGAAGUUCAAUACAUGGGGAAUUAAUUGCUUGGAGAUGACCGGUGACAAUGAGACUUAUAAUCUGAAGAAUGUACAUGAUGCAGACAUUAUACUAACUACCCCGGAGAAAUUUGACUCUGUGACCCGUCAUGGCAUAAGAGAUGGUGGUUUGAGCUUCUUCAGUGAUAUUGCUCUUGUACUUAUUGAUGAAGUUCACCUUCUUAAUGACCCACGGGGAGCUGCUCUUGAGGCAAUUGUUAGCAGAAUUAAGAUGCUUUCUCGUAGCUCAGAUAUGAAAUCGAGUCCUCUAGCAAAUGUUAGAUUACUUGCAGUUUCUGCUACGAUUCCCAACAUUGAAGACCUUGCGGAAUGGCUUUUGGUUCCAGCCGAAGGGAUUAAAAGAUUCGGAGAAGAGAUGAGACCAGUAAAGUUAGUAACCAAGGUUUUUGGCUAUGCACCAGCAAAGAACGACUUCCUGUUUGAAAGGCGUCUCCAAAGCUUCAUUUUUGACAUACUCAUGCAACAUUCAAGAGGAAAAUCUGCACUAGUUUUCUGCUCUACUAGAAAAGGGGCACAGGCAGCAGCACAACACCUCUCUCAAAUUGCUGUCAGCCUUGGUCCUUCAAGUCCAUUCAUAAAAUCCAAGCUGCAGCAGGAAAAACUGAAGGAGGCUUCUUUGUCUUGCAGUGAUAAACAAAUGCAAUCUUGCAUACUCACUGGUGUUGGUUAUCAUAAUGGCGGGCUUUGCAUGAAGGAUAGAAAUCUCGUUGAAGGCCUUUUUCUCAAGGGCGAUAUUCAAAUUCUCUGUACAACCAAUACUCUUGCACAUGGGAUUAACUUACCAGCACAUACUGUUGUAAUCAAGUCAACUCAAUAUUUCAAUAAGGAGAAAGGACUCUACUUGGAAUAUGAGCGCUCAAUGGUACUACAGAUGUGUGGUAGGGCAGGCCGUCCACCUUUUGAUGAUACUGGGACGGUUAUAAUAAUGACAAGAAAAGAAACAGUUCAUUUGUAUGAGAAUCUCUUAAAUGGAUGUGAAAUGGUGGAAUCCCAAUUGCUUUCAUGUGCAAUUGAGCAUCUAAAUGCUGAGAUAGUUCAGCUCACUGUCUCUGAUAUAAGCUUGGCAAUUGAGUGGCUAAAGUGCUCGUACUUGUACGUGCGGAUCAAGAAGAAUCCUGAAAAUUAUGGCGUGAAGAGAGGAAUUCCUUGUGAACGUCUAGAGAAGCACAUGAGAGAUAUAUGUGUUCAGAAAAUCAAUGAGCUGGCAGAAUAUGGAAUGAUUUGGACGGAUGAAGAUGCUUUCCUUCUAAAACCAUUAGAGCCAGGAAAACUGAUGACAAAAUUUUACCUAAAAUUUGGCACAAUGAAAGAUAUCGUGACAGCACCAGGAAGUUGCAGUUUAGAAGAUGCCCUUCAUGUUGUAUGUCGCUCUGAGGAGAUUGCAUGGAUCCAGUUGAGACGUAAUGAGAAGAAGCUUUUGAAUGACAUAAACUCUGAUAAAGAAGGCAGGCUGCGGUUUCAUGUCAUUGGCGAAAAUAGCAAAAGGAAAAAGAGGAUUCAGACCAGGGAGGAGAAAAUAUUUGUCCUGGCAAAUGACUGCUUGACUGGUGAUCCUUCAAUCAGGGAUUUAUCCCUUAAUCAGGAUAUGAACUCAAUAUGCUCAAACGGCUGUAGGAUCGCUAGAUGUAUGAAAGAGUGUUUCUUCUACAAAAAGAGUUACAAGGGAGCUGUGAACUCCACAUUACUUGCUAAAUCCUUACGCCAAAGACUCUGGGAUGACAGCCCAUACUUACUGAAACAACUCCCUGGCAUUGGGAUGGUCACAGCAAAGGCACUGCAUUCAGCAGGAAUUAAUUCAUUCAGAACUUUGGCAGAAGCUGAUCCCAGAAAAAUAGAAAUUUUAACAGGUCGUAAAUAUCCCUUUGGGAACCAUAUCAAAGAAUCGCUGCUAUCUCUCCCUCCAACGCUGGAGAUGCAGAUUGAAGAAGCUGAGUGCAAAGUGCAAGGGAAGUCAAAGAUCACUGUCAAGCUAACUCGCUUGCCGCGGCAGAUUUCAUCCAGCAAACAACACUUUGCAGAUAUGACAGUGGGAUCAGAAGAAGAUAAUAUGAUCCUUUUUCAUGAAAAAAUAAGGGCAGAAGAGUUUCCCAGCCCUUACGUUGUGACCGUUCUUGUUGCAUGCCCUCUGCAUGGGAAGGUGACUGUGAAAGCUGAUCUCAUAUUUGAUGAGUACGUUGGCCUUGAUGUCCAUGAAAAGCAUGUGGUUUCCAGGGAUAUUUAUUCCAUCAGGAAUGCCACAUUGGUGAAUGAAGAAGCACCUACUAGUUACUCUGGCCCCAAGGAAAUGUACAUAGUGGAAGACGGCAACAAAAUGAGCUCCUAUGCUGCUGCAAAUGAUGUAACUCAUGAUCUAAACAACUCUAACAAACCACUGCAUUCUUCUGUGCCCAGCUUUGAACUUCUAGAUGAAGAAACAGAAGAUAUCUAUCUCCAAGAGCCGGGAGAAGCUGAGCCCAAGGUCAAGACGGAGGAGAUGAUAUUUGACCACAUCCGGAAAAAGUCCAAAAAUUUUCCCACUUUAGUGACGUCCAAGGAGGCCAUGGACUGUUCUUAUGAGCCCUUGAUCCUGAGGAGCCCUAUUCGCACAACAAAGAUGAGCCAGAGCCACUUCAAAGCUGAUGCUUAUGACUAUGACUUUUAUGGAGAUGAUGUGAUUCUAGUUGAUCCAACACCGCCAGAAGCCGCCUCAUCAUCAAGCUUCUUCUUUGAUGAACAAUGCUAUCAUACCAGCAAAUACAGAAGCUUUGACAACAUUGUGAACUCAAAGCCUUUCUCUAAACCACAAGGCAGUGUCAUUAAAGUGUCGCCAUUAGAAUCAGAUCUAAGUUCCAGGAGGCCACCAACACCAAGCACUCACAAGGAAGUUGGCUUUCUUGGCUUUAAAAGUGUCUUUUCCUUCCUUUAAUUAGGAACAGGGGCAACAUUUUGUGUUACGGAGACAUAAUUGCAUAAAAAUCCUAAAAACAAAUCAGUGGAUGGCAUCUGGACAAUGUCAGUAUUAUUGGCCAAACGGAAGAAUUAUCCCACUCUAGUUUUGUACAAAACAAAAAUUGAUUCCGACUCUUGAGUUGCUGAUGUGUCAAUGAUGGAGUGAGUAUAGACUAAUUUUCCAAAACCAGUUAUAAAAUGAUCUUCAACUA